AUGUCUUCAACUUCAGCUAAUAAUCCACAAACUAAAAGAAAAGAAAUUUAUAAAUAUGAAGCACCAUGGAUGGUUUAUGCUAUGAAUUGGUCGAUUAGACCUGAUAAACGUUUUCGUCUUGCUCUAGGAUCAUUUGUUGAAGAAUAUAAUAAUAAAGUACAAAUCGUUUCACUAGAUGAAGAAACAUCAGAAUUUUUAGCACGCUCAACAUUUGAUCAUCCUUAUCCAACAACAAAAGUCAUGUGGAUACCUGAUACUAAAGGUGCUUUUCCAGAUUUACUGGCAACAAGUGGUGAUUAUUUACGUGUUUGGCAAACAGGAGAUAGCGGUACUCGACUUGAAUGUUUACUUAAUAAUAAUAAAAAUUCUGAUUUUUGUGCUCCAUUAACAUCGUUCGAUUGGAAUGAAGUUGAUCCAAAUUUAAUUGGUACAUCAAGUAUCGAUACAACAUGUACAAUAUGGGGUCUUGAAACAGGACAAGCUAUUGGUCGAACAAAUCCUGUUAGUGGACAUGUUCGUACACAAUUAAUAGCUCAUGAUAAAGAAGUUUAUGAUAUAGCAUUUAGUCGUGGUGGUGGUGGUCGUGAUAUGUUUGCAUCAGUUGGUGCUGAUGGUUCAGUUCGAAUGUUUGAUUUACGUCAUUUAGAACAUUCAACAAUUAUUUAUGAAGAUCCUCAACAUCAUUCAUUAUUACGUCUUGCAUGGAAUAAACAAGAUCCAAAUUAUUUAGCAACAUUUGCUAUUGAUUCAAUGGAAAUUAUUAUUCUUGAUGUUCGAAUACCAUGUACACCAGUUGCUCGUCUUAAUAAUCAUCGAUCAGGUGUCAAUGGUAUUGCAUGGGCACCUCAUUCAGCAUGUCAUAUUUGCACUGCUGGUGAUGAUCGACAAGCAUUAAUUUGGGAUAUUCAACAAAUGCCACGAGCUAUUGAAGAUCCAAUUUUAGCUUAUACAGCUGAAGGAGAAAUAAAUCAAGUACAAUGGAGUACAACACAACCAGAUUGGAUUGCAAUUUGUUUUAACAAUUUUCUCGAAAUAUUACGUGUAUAG